CGGAGGUGGAUCAUCGACUUGUGAACGACUGAAGAAACGAAAAGUCAGCGAGGAAAGACAGUGAAUCGUGUCCAUGUCCUAACGGAAUCAUUUUCGCAUCGGGAAAUAUAAUCUAUAGAGAGAGAGAGAGAGAGAGAGAGAGAUUUGACGAGAUGAAACUAUUUGCGCGUCCUAAAUGUUUUUCGGAGGCUAUAGCACCGGUGACAACUAUCAACUGUAUAUUGGGAUUUCGUGUUUUUGAGUAUCCACAUGGAAAUUCAAGACCUGUACUCAGCUUGAUGUAUCUCUCAUUUAUUUACAUCAUAUUUUGCAAUGGCAUGUUGCAUGUGCACGAGAAUUACUAUGCAAAUCUUAAACUAAUGAAGCUGGAAUAUGUCCUGUAUCAAUUAUUGGCGUAUAUCUUUUCUACAUCUGUGAUAAUACAGAUGUUGCUAGGCUGGUGGCACUCAAAGGUAGGAAUGUAAAAUAAUAUAUGAUACCUUACAGAGUUGUAUUGUAGUGCGUUCAUAAUGUGCAAAUCGUACAAUUUUAAAUGUAUUAGAACAUUAGUAUAUUGGAACAAUAUGCGACUGUGUAAGUUAUAACAUUGUCUCAUUAUAAAUUAACAUUUGUAGAAGCUUAAAAUUUGUCACAAAAGAAUUUUCGAGCUCGAUGAAACGUUGCGACAGCUGGGGCUGACGGUGAAUUAUGACGGAAUAUAUUUCGUGACGAUCGGAACCGUAGCUGUCUGGAUUAUAUUCGUCUUCACUUUGUGCACCAUAAUUUUCUUACACUUGCUCAUACGCACAGACAUAUUUACUUCAAUUUACCUCAUAAUGAUAUAUAUAUAUUUGUUCACUGCCCGCAUUAUUAAUGUGUUCGAAUUCUACAUGUUUGCAAGAUGCUUAAAAAUGAAAUUUGAAUUGGUCAACCAACUUCUGCGCGAGAGCUUGACAGAUUUAUCAAAGAAAAAUAAGAAAUUAGGCAUUUUUGAAGUGAAAGAUUAUGCCAAAAUCAUGGAUGCUGAGCAACGGAAGGAGAUUCUUUCCACGAAGAUGCUAUUUCAAUGGCGUCAGCGAAUGCAACGUCGAAUAAAUGUUUUCAUGUCAAAGAAACAAAAUGCGAUCGCAUCUCAGACUGAAUCUCACUUUCCAUCCUAUAUCGCAAAACAACUUCCAAGUGCAUCCCAGAAUCAAAGACGCAAUUCCAUCAUAACAAAAUGUCAACAACAUAAACAUGUAUUAAAAGUAAUAAAACAGGUGCACUUGGAGUUGUGUAAAGUAUCAAAAAUUGUAUGCGCUAUUUUCGGAGUACAGAUAGCGUGGGAGAUAGGAAUAAUUAUCAUGGCUCUCACUGGAGCUCUUUACAAUUUGUAUAUUCGAUACCUCAUGAACCAGCACAAAGUCAAAGGUUUGGUAAGCCAAACGAUUCUGAUGUUGUCGAUGUGUGCUCUUCACACUAUGAAAGCUGUCUUUUUGAAUCGUAGUUGCAAGAGUGCAGCCGAUGAGGGAAACAGAACUACCGAGAUCAUUCGUACGAUUUAUGAUUGCGACGCAGAUAUUGAUAUGCGAGAAGAGAUUCAACAGUUUGGUAUCCAAAUUUUGCAAAGUCCAAUGACAUUCUCUGUGGAUGGUUUCACUUUGGAUUAUCGUGUCUUGAGCAUGAUUUUGAAAAACGUUACGACUUAUAUGGUUAUCAUGGUACAAGUGAGCAAUUCGCUGGAAUCGAACAAUGCUAUAGAAUAUUCACAUUUUUAAAGAACUGUUAAACGUUAUAAAGCGGACGAAUGACAUUAAUAAUACAAGCAAAUGAUAACGCGACAGAUUUUAUUUUGAUGUAUGUCCAUUUUGCGAACAAACUGGAGUAAAGAAGCAAAUGUAAUCAGGCGAUUUAUAAAUUUAUUUGCUAUUGUGUUUAUGCCUCUUGUAUAUUAUCAAUUUCAUAAAUAAAUAU